AUGUCGACUGAAUUUCCUCUCCAGCAACACCGCGCCGGUGGUGGCCAUCCAAGCGGCGAACGCAAAGGCAUUCAAGAGAAGCUAGACGAAUCUCUUUUGGGUCACCUCUCUCAGCUCUUCAACAAAUAUGCCACCACAAAAAACACGUGGACACAAGAUCAGAUUAGCAUUUUUAUGCAGCACGUGCAAGCCGAGGAUCCCAAUGGUCUAGCAAGCUACCUCAUCGACAAAGACGAGCUGGAUCUCUUCGAACUGAUCAGAUACAUCACCUCGCCAUGCGGCAACGUUCUCGAAAUGGCGGCUCCUCAGGACUUGUCGUGGCCGCUGAGCAGCUACUUCAUCAGCUCAAGUCACAACACCUACCUCACCGGAAACCAGCUAUCAAGCGACUCCAGCGCCGACGCUUACAGGGAUGUCCUCCUCCGUGGAUGUCGCUGUAUCGAAAUUGAUGUCUGGGAUGGCGAGGAGCGAUACAAGCCCGGGUUCAACCCCGAUGGAGAAAACGAAAACGGCACAAACAACGCACCAACCAAGCUUAGUCGGAGGGACAAAUUAGGCAUCAAGGUUGGCCGUUGGAUCAUGAACAAGUUUGACCCUGUGGACCCAGAAGGCAGGACCGCCGAUGACAGGCUUUCGGACAUUAUUGGGGCGGAGCCACGGGUUCUCCAUGGCUUCACUCUCACCAAGGAGAUCCUUUUCCGCGAGGUUUGCCAAGUCGUCAAGGAGUACGCCUUUGUCACGUCGGAUCUGCCACUCAUUGUCAGCCUGGAGGUGCACUGCACUCCACUACAGCAGGCCGCCAUGGUCGAUAUCAUGGAGGAGACUUGGGGAGAGUUCCUCCUCCCCGAGCCCGAGCUAGAGCCGGCUUCCUUAGCGUCUCCCGAACAGCUGCGCAGAAAGAUUCUUGUCAAGGUCAAAUACGUUCCGAAGGAUAGGGACGGUGCCGAAAGCAUCAAUGUAGGCUUGGACGACGACAGCAGCAGCAUCCUUGAUGUCACAACGACAGAAGGAGGCGAGAAGAAGGCCGUGAAGGUCAAGCCGCCCAAGGUCGUCUCUCGCCUCAGCCGUUUGGGCAUCUACACGCGCGGUAUUACCUUCAAGUCUCUUGAGCAAGCCGAAGCAUCGAUGCCGAACCACAUCUUUUCCCUUUCGGAAAAAACGGCAUUUGCUAUUCAGAGAAGGAUGCCAAAGGCCUUGUUCUCUCAUAACAGGGACUUCCUCAUGAGAACCUACCCACACGGCAUGCGGGUUGACUCCGGGCGUGCAGGUUGUUGCGCUGAACUGGCAGUCCUGGGAUGUGGGCAUGAUUCUCAAUGA